GAUGGUUCUGAUUCAAAAUCACAGAUGAGCAGCAGAAAGACGUAUUUUGUAGAGAAUGCCGAAAACAAGUUCCGACAAAAAGUUCGAGGACUACAAAUCUUUUCCACCAUUUAAAACAGCGCCAUAAAAAAGAAAUGCGAAGAGUGUGUGAAACUGCGUDCUGCAGCUCAAACUGUGAACUCUUCCCAGCCUCCUGCACCGAAACAAACCACGUUACAAAACGCAUAUACUUGUGCAGUGCCUUAUGAAAAAAAAAGUGAGAAGUGGCACAAGAUUACUAAGGCUGUGGCACAUCAUAUCGCUAAAGACAUGGUCCUGCUCUCAACUGUGGAACAAGAUGGCUUUAUACAGCUGCUAAAGGUCCUUGACAGAAGAUACGAGUUACCGAGUAGGAAUUAUUUUGCCAGAGAAGUUGUUCCACAAAUGUACACUGAAGUUAGAGAGCGUCUCGUCAACCAGCUUCCCAAACUGUCUCACUUCGCACUGACCACCGGUAUGUGGUCCAGACGGACCUGCGAGCCGUACUUGAGUGUGACCAUACAUUUCAUUGAAGACUGGGAACUGAAAAGUGCAUGUCUCCAGAUCAACUAUUUCCACCAAGACCACACAGGAGAGAGCAUAUAGCUGAAGCCCUGCAGGAUGUCCUCACUAGCUGGAAGCUCAACCCGGCAGCACUGGUGGCUGUAACCAUUGACAACGGGGCUAAUGUGGUGAAGGUGGUGCAGCUAAAUAAAUGGCAGAGGAUGAAGUGUUUUGGACACAGACUCUUCUGGCACCUGCAGAGGGGGAGAGUGCUCUCUGUAAAUCCAUCAAGACCAGCAUUGUGGARUACCUCAACAACAAAUUUGCAGACCCACCCACCAGUGACCUGCUGGACACUGCUUCUUUUGUCGAUCCACGCUUCAAGGCCAAAUACAUCCCGAGUGAGAAAAUGGAUGCACUAAAACAUAAAGUUAUCUCUGAGGCAGAGUCUCUGCUCAGGUAUAAUGAC